AUGAAAUAUCACCUUGCUCAUUUACAAGUUGUUUUUAACUUGCUUAAAUCUAAUGACUUUGUUGCCAAAAUUUCUAAAUGUGUUUUUGCAGUGAACACAGUUAAUUAUUUAAGUCAUGUGAUUUCUGUUGGAGGUGUUGCACCAGAUCCAGAAAAAGUGCAAGCAAUUUUGGAUUGGUCUGUUCCACGUUUACUCAUGGCACUCCGAGGAUUUUUGGGACUCAUCAAGUUUUACAGACGCUUUGUGCGCAAUUACGCCACUCUCGAUGCUCCACUCACCGAUUUGUUGCGCUCUAUUAAGUUUUUAUGGAGUACAGAGGCAACUUUGGCCUUUACAUAA